GCCAGGUCCGUGAAGGAAGGUGAGGACUGGAUAUCUGGUGCCAAAGCGAAAACUCCAAAAGUAGAUUUCUACACUGGAGGAUUCGAAUGUCAGGCAGGAAGUUCUUCCAGAGAUUUUUCAGUGAGACACAAGGAUGGACCACGCGCCAGGUCAGGAAUGUCGUCCCGUACACUGGCCAAAUCUCUCGAGUACAUUCGACAUCACCGUCCGGCGUAUGUGAUACUGGAAAAUGUGGCCAACAAAGGGACAGAGAGAAUUUUAUCUCUGGAGCUUCGAAAGCUGAGCUACGUCACGCAAGGGCUCUUCAUCAAUUCAUGCAGCUUUGGGUUGCCCCAGAGCCGCACGCGGUUGUACAUGUUGGCAGUCGAUCCCUACCAGGUGGAUCUGAUUGGCUUGAUGCUGCCAGAGGACGACCCAGCAGUGCAGGCCUUCCUGUUGGCGUUGGAAUCCUCCAACCAAAAGCGGCGCAAGUCAGAGGAGGACCUUCUACAAAACAUGGACAUUGAGCUGAACAAAAUAGCAGGAAACACAAUAAGUGUUCCUGUGGUGGGCGCCAUUGGUGCGGUGCUGCUGGCGAAGACAGUCCGCAAGGAGGUCAAACGAGUACCGCGGCCACUUUGUGUGGAGAAGGUGGUUGCUGGCACUGCGCUGGUGUGGAUUGGAGAUCCUCGGGCUGUCACG